CCACCAACUUGCCAUUUACCAACGCAGCUGAGCUGAGCUGAGCUUGCCAUUCCUACGAGUGCUACUACCUAAUCGGGUUGACCCCCUAGAAAGCAAAGUCAGGGAAGCAUGGAUGUGGAGAGCUCCGCCGCGCAGGAGGUCUCCGUCGACUGGCGGGGCCGCCCGUGCGCGCCGGGCCGGCACGGCGGCAUGCGCGCCGCCGUCUUCGUCCUAGGGAUCCAGGCCUUCGAGAUCAUGGCGAUCGCGGCGGUGGGGAACAACCUCAUCACGUACGUGUUCGGGGAGAUGCACUUCCCGCUGUCGGAGGCGGCCAACGUGGUCACCAACUUCGUCGGCACCAUCUUCCUCCUCUCCCUCAUCGGCGGCUUCCUCUCUGACUCCUACCUCGGCUGCUUCUGGACCAUGCUCACCUUCGGCUUCGUCGAGCUCUCGGGCUUCAUACUGCUGUCAGUGCAAGCGCACCUGCCGCAGCUGAAGCCGCCGCCGUGCAACAUGGCGUCCAUGGACGGCAGCUGCGAGCAGGCCAAGGGCUUCAAGUCCAGCAUCUUCUUCGUCGCGCUCUACCUGGUGGCGCUCGGCAGCGGCUGCCUCAAGCCCAACAUGAUCGCGCACGGCGCCGACCAGUUCGCCGGCGGGGCAGACAAUUCCAAGAGGCUCUCUACCUACUUCAACUCGGCCUACUUCAGCUUCUGCCUCGGCGAGCUCAUCGCUCUCACGGCGCUGGUCUGGGUGCAGACGCACUCUGGGAUGGACGUCGGUUUCGGUAUCUCUGCCGCUGCCAUGGCCGCCGGGCUCAUCAGCCUGGUCUCCGGUGCGGCCUUCUACCGGAACAAGCCUCCUCAGGGCAGCAUCUUCACGCCUAUUGCGAGGGUGUUCGUCGCUGCCUUUAACAAGAGGAAGGAAAUCUGCCCUAGCAAUCCUGCAAACGCCGGAGUUUGUGAGCCGGCACGCCUGGCCGGCAACUUCAGUCAUGGCAACAAAUUCAGGUUCUUGGACAAGGCGUGCAUCAGGGACGCAGCGCAGCAGGGGGCCAGCAACACAAAGCCGGAGAGCCCGUGGCGGCUGUGCACGGUAGCCGAGGUGCAGCAGGCCAAGACUCUCCUCGCCGUGACGCCCAUCUUCGCCUGCACCAUCGUGUUCAACACCGUGCUCGCGCAGCUGCAGACCUUCUCCGUGCAGCAGGGCAGCGCCAUGGACACCGCGAUCUUCGGGGGAUCCUUCCAAAUCCCACCAGCGUCGCUGCAGGCCAUCCCCUACGCCAUGCUCCUCGUGCUCGUCCCGGCCUACGAGCUCCUCCUCGUACCGUUCAUGAAGCGGCUCACUGGCACGCGGUCCGGGAUCACGCCGCUGCAGCGCAUCGGCGUGGGCCUCUGCACCGUCGCGUUCUCCAUGGUCUCCGCCGCCACCGUCGAGCGCCGGCGCCGGGACCUCGCGGCGUCCGGGACGCAGAUGUCCGUGCUGUGGAUCGCGCCGCAGUUCCUCGUGUUCGGCGUGUCGGAGAUGUUCACCGCCGUGGGGCUCAUCGAGUUCUUCUACAAGCAGGCCUGCGCCGGCAUGCAGUCCUUCCUCACGGCGCUCACCUACUGCUCCUACGCGUUCGGGUUCUACCUCAGCUCCGUGCUCGUGACCACGGUGAACAGGGUCACGGCGAAGCACGGCGGCGCCGGCUGGCUCGGCGACAACGACCUCAACAAGGACAGGCUGGAUCUCUUCUACUGGAUGCUCGCCGUGCUCAGCUUGAUCAACUUCUUCUGCUACCUGCUCUGUGCAAAGUGGUACAAUUCAGGUGUGGAUGGCUCUGAUGCUGCCUCUGCUCAGAUUGCAGCAGAGGGUAAUGGCAAGGAGAUCAGCUGAAGAACUGCACCAUAAAAAGACUGUAACUGUGUAUGGCUAUAGUUAUAUGUAGAAAUGCAUGAGAAAAGGUGGAUGAUAGUAGUAGAGGUAUUAGGUUAAGAAGGUCUGCUUUGAUAAGGAAUAGGAAGUACAGUAUACUUAUGCUAGUUAUGCAGCAAAACACUCUUCAGGAAACUUAA